AUGCCCGCCGACUACCACUCGACAGCGCAGGCGCUGGCGCUCCCCAUCUCGCCGGUCGGCACGUCGUCGCCGUCGCCGAGCUCGACCCCGGGGCCCCGGCCGCCGUGGGUGCGCGACCGGCCGUCGACCAACGCGCGGCGGCUGUCGACUCCGUACUCGCGGUCGGCGUCGUCGGGCUCGCUGCCGCUGGGCGCGCGGAUCCUGCGGACGUCGGCCGACGUCGCCAACACGGUGCUGCGCGUGUUCCUGCGCCUGACGCCGCUGCAGCGCGCGCUGGCCGUGGGCGCGGGCCUGGCGGGCCUCGUGCUGCUGGUCGUGUUCCUGGUCUACUCGCACGGCAUCUUCGCGGCGCUGGAGCCCAUCGCCAAGGGCUGGCGCGACCUGCCGGGCGGCUGGGUCCUCGUGUGGCUCAUGACGUUCGCCACGGCGUUCCCGCCCAUGAUCGGCUACAGCACCUGCAUCACGAUCGCGGGCUUCGUCUUCGGUUUCCCCGGCGGCUGGCCCAUCGUGGCGACGGCGACCGUGGCCGGGUCCGGCGUUGCCUUCCUCACCAGCCGCACCGUCUUCUCCAAGUACGUCCACGCCCUGGUCGGCACGGACAAGCGCUUCGUGGCCCUGGGCCACGUACUGCGACACGACGGCCUGCUGGUCCUGGCCGGAAUCCGGUUCUGCCCCCUACCGUACAGUCUGAGCAACGGGUUCCUGGCCACCAUCCCUAACAUCAGCCCCGUGAGCUUUGCCCUGGCCACGGCGUUGGCGACGCCCAAGCUGCUGGUCCACGUCUUCAUCGGCAGCAGGCUCGCGGAGCUGGCGGAGAGGGGAGACGAGAUGACGGCCGGAGACAAAGCGAUUAACUAUAUCAGCAUGUUGCUGGGGGCUCUCCUGGGCAUGGCCAUCGGCCUCGUCAUCUACAAGAGGACGAUGGCGAGAGCCAGCGAGCUAGCCAGGGAGGAGGCAGCCGAGAAUGGGGGCAUGCUCGGUCCGGACGACGAGGUGGACUACGAGGAUCUCGAGGAGGGCGUCCUGAACCGCAGCCCAUCGCGGCAGGCGGAAGCCGACGCGGCGGCGUUGAUGGAUGAUGAUGACAUAUCGCUGUGGGAAACAGAUGGCAUUGACGACGGGUACAGAGACGAGGAUGAGCUAGCAGAUCUGCAGGACAACGGUGCUAAGAAGUCUGCGACAUAA